CGGGGCCCCGAGCUGGACUGACGGGUCAGCGGCGCCGCCCGCCCCCCGGAGCGGUGCCGGAAACGCGCCGGCCGGAUCCCCCCCAGCCGGAGCCCCUCUGUUUUCAGAGCCGCGAGCCCUUUUCCUUCCCACGGCCCCGCCUCCCGUUCUCCGCCCCUCAUCCGGCGGCCGAAGCCCCUCAGCCUGGGCGGGGCGGGGCCGCCCGCGCUCGCGGACCCGGAAGAGGUGCCCUCAGCCACCUCGGCCAUGGAGACCGCUUCGCCGUCCCUCACCGAGGAGGACCUGACCGAAGUGAAGAAGGACGCUCUAGAAAAUUUGCGUGUAUACUUGUGUGAAAAAAUUAUAGCUGAGAGACAUUUUGAUCAUCUGCGUGCAAAAAAAAUACUCAGUAAAGAAGACACUGAAGAAAUUUCUUGCCGAACAUCUAGUCGAAAAAGGGCUGGAAAGUUGUUAGACUACUUACAAGAAAACCCCAAAGGACUAGAUACUCUGGUCGAAUCUAUUCGAAGAGAGAAAACACAGAACUUCCUAAUACAGAAGAUUACAGAUGAAGUGCUAAAACUUAGAAAUAUAAAGUUAGAACAUCUUAAAGGACUGAAAUGUAGCAGCUGUGAGCCUUUUCCAGAUGGAGCCACAAGCAAAAUCACUAGAUCAAAUUCGGAUGAGAGUACUUGCUCUGAUAAACUGAGACCAUCCACUGUUAUGUACCACCCAGAAGGGGAAUCCAGCACAGCUCCCUUUUUUUCUACUCAUUCAUCUCUGAAUUUGCCCAUAUCUGAAGUAGGCAGAACUGAAAACCCCUCCUUUUCUUCAACUACGCUUCCAAGACCUGGGGACCCUGGUGCACCUCCUUUGCCACCAGAACUACAAUUAGAAGAAGAAGGAACUUGCGGAAAUUCCACUGAUAUGUUUCUUCCCUUAAGAUCACGUGCUAUUUCUCGGCAAUGAUGGCUUCCUGCUCUCUUUCUAUUGUUUUUUGUUUUUUUGUGCCUCGCCUGACUGUGCUCAGGUCCUACUCCCAAUGUGUUGCUUGGGGAAUCGUGAGUUGGCAGGAACUGAACCUGGGCCUCCCGUGUGCAGAGCAUGCACACCAGUGCUCUCUCUCCCAACCAGUGCCUUUUCAUUUUAAAAUAAUGACAAAAUAUAUGAAAAGAUAGGAAUCUUUUUUAUAAAAUUGCUAUGAUUAUUAACAUUUGAUAUGUGUCAAAAUGCAAUGUGCGCAUACUCUGUAAAUAGAAUUUUUUAGAAUAAAAUAAGCAUAAUUUUAGAGAUGAUAAGAUCAUGUUGAUCAUGUGCUUUUCAGUAUUUUUUAUUUUUGAGCUGUUUAGGUGUCUUCAAAGCUUUAUGUUUUCAGACUGAUUUUUAUGGGAAACACUUCUUGGGCCACAAAUAAUGCCUCUUCUCAGUGCAUUUGUACUGGAAGUCUUAUGGCCCUUUCCAGUCAUUUGCAGUAAAAUUUGAGAGCUAAGUUGUUUCUAUUGGGUCAUAAAAGCCAGUCACCCACUGAUGUGAAGUCUGCCAAUGCACUAAAAAGAAUUUUUUUCUUAGCCAAUUGAAUCCUUCUUGUUCAGAGGAAUAGCUACUGGGAUUUUAAGGCACGGAAGACUUUAAUUUGCCAAAAUACCUUUCUUGUUUACCUUAAUGAUUAGUGCUAGUUUAUUAAGAUUUUCACAUUCUUUGUUUUAACAUUUUUCCAUUCCUAAGGUAAAUCCUUGGCAUCAUCUUGUUAUUAAAUGUAACCUGAUAGAUUAAAAUACUUCCUUUGAACUUUCAAUGCUCUUUUAAUGAGAACCACCAUACAUAAAGUUGAAAUAAUAAAUCUUUUGACAGCUCUGUUUUUAACACAAUUUGGAACAAGUAGGCUAUUAGCUAUAUUUGUUUUGUUGUUGUUAUGUAACAAAACAGCUAAUUUUGUUUAUUUAUGAUUUUAUGCUGUUUUAAUUGUAAUUUCACCCAUUUUCUGAUGCCAACUCAUACAUAUUUUCAUUAAUUACCAAAAGAGCAGAGAUGGAUUUGUGUUAUUAGAAAUGGAAGUUUUUUAAAGAUCGUGCUGUGAUUUAGAAGUUUUAGCUUCAAUAGCAAAUAUCUAAAACACUACCAGUUUAUCACUGUCCAGUUUAUCAUUCAAAAAAAUUGACAUGUUGGCAUUAAAAGUGUUUCAGAAAUGGAUGAUUUUUAUGUAGGUAUUUUCUAAGGAUUGUGGGUAAACAUAGCACCUCUACCAUAGCAAAAGAAAAUAGUGGCACUUACAUUUCAAAAAAUCUCUUUAAAAGCAGAAUCCAAAAUGAGAAGCAGGCUUUUUCAUUUCAUAAUUUCACAUUUCACUGAUACGUGAUUACUUGUUUAAAAAAAUUUAAGGAAGGCUCAGUGGCAAAGUGUGUGUCUCAUACAUGUGAGAUCUUGGGAUUAAACCCCAGCACUAACAAACACAAAAAAAUCAGCAUUUACUCAAACUCAAAGAUGAUGAUUUAGGUAUGCUAUAGCAUCUGUAUUUAUAGUUUAAAACAAUGAGUUUUUGUUCAAAUUGUUGACUAACUGCAUAGAUAAUUUGACAGAUAAAUAUUCUCACAUAAAGCCAAAUUUGUUUAUUUUAAACACUGAAAACAGUCAUUGCCAAAAAUAUUAAAAUCACAGACUGAUAUGAUGCCACUGGCUACUACGAUGAUUAAUGUGUAGUGAAUCACAGAUAUAUUAUCACUUGAUACAAAACGUCACAGGUAAACUCAUUUUAUUGCUUUUUGUUUGGUUUUCAGAGAAGGGCAGUCACACCUGGUGAUGGUCAGGGAGAUGCAUUGCUAGGGAUUGAAUCUGGACAUUCAUCUGGACGUUCAUACAAAGAAUGUCCUUCUGUCCUCUAAACUUUUUCCUGGAAGAACUGAUAUAUUUAUUAAAAUUGAUAAGUCUAAUGAAACCAACAGCUUACAUUGUGUUCAGUCUUUGUAUAAACAAAGUUUUGACAAAUGUCUACUAUCAUACCAUGAAAAGAUUUUGCUGCCUUAAAAAUCUCACAUACUUAAUUCAUUCCUUGCUCUCUCUUUCCUCCUCAUCCUUGGCACCAAGGAUCUUUAGUCAGUAGUUUUGCCUUUUCCAGAAUGUCAUAUAGUUGGAAUCAGAGUGUUUAGUCUUUCGAUCUGAUUUUUUUUUUACUUAAAAUGCAUUUAAGUGUCCUCUAUGUCUUUUUGGGUGAGCUCACUUUUUUAAAAGGUCAUUUCAUAUUUGUGUGACAUGUCACUCUUAGUGCCAGAUGAAACACUGGAAACUUAGGGGUAAGCCAAAGAUAAUGCCCUUUCUUUGGGGAUUUUUUUUCUUUGGGGAUUUUUAUUCUUUAAAACAUUUUUUUUGUUUGCAAGUCUUUAAAUCUGCUUUCAUAAAAUAUUUUUAUUCCAAUAUACCAAUUUUCUUGUUUGAUUAAUGAUUUUUGUCUCUUGUUUAAGGAGUCUUUGCCUCUCUCAGUGCCAGGAUGGUAAUUUAUGUUUUCAUGAAACUUAGUUGUUUUACAGUUCUGAUUAAAAACUGAU